AGAGUGAAGCUGCGUAAUUAAACUGAUUAUCAUACUAACAAGACGUAAGAUAGACAAUAAUAAGAUGACUAGGGCGAAUAUAGUGAGCGUGAUUCUGUUGAUGCAUGCCAUUGUUGGGUUUCCAUUUCAUGCGAGAGGCUUAAGUAUGACUUACUACAUGAUGAACUGCCCUUUCGCCGAACAGAUUGUGAAGAACAGUGUUAACAAUGCUCUUCGAGCCGAUCCAACAUUAGCCGCAGGUCUUAUCCGUAUGUUGUUCCACGACUGUUUCAUUGAGGGAUGUGACGCGUCGAUUCUGCUAGAUUCAACAAAAGAUAACACCGCGGAAAAGGAUUCGCCUGCGAAUCUGAGUCUACGUGGCUACGAGAUCAUAGAUGAUGCAAAAGAAAAACACAUACCCUAGGAGUUGCACGAUGCUCCUCCUUCAAGGCUAGACUUACCGUCCCAGACUCUUCAAUGGACUCGACUUUUGCAAACAGUCUUUCCAAAACUUGCAGUGCGGGUGACAAUGCAGAGCAACCCUUUGAUGCGACCCGCAACGAUUUCGACAAUGCUUACUUCAAUGCACUCCAGAGGAAAUCAGGAGUCCUAUUUUCGGACCAAACCUUAUUCAACACUCCAAGGACCAGGAAUAUCGUUAAUGGCUAUGCUUUUAACCAAGCCAGAUUCUUCUUUGAUUUCCAACAGGCCAUGCGCAAAAUGAGCAAUCUUGAUGUUAAACUUGGCUCUCAAGGUGAAAUCCGUCAAAAUUGUCGGAGCAUUAACUAGCCUAGGCCAUAUAUAUACCUAUGAUUUAUGUAUUGAUCAUGCUCCCACUUUUAACUAUAUCUCCUCUAUCAUAUAUAUGAAUCAUGAAUCUUCUAUAUCCUCCCAUGUAAAAUUUGUGUACCUUUCGUAAUAUGCUGUUGUAUACUUAUUGAUUGUGGGUUUCAGAUAUCCAUCGAAGCAUAAUACUUGGUGAUCGUGUAUUUAA